AUGGAUACCGAGGCUCAGCUAAAAAGACUUCAAGAAUUCGAGGCCGCAAUUCAAAAACUGAAUAGCCUGGUCUCGGAAACAAAAGAUUUUCCCUUCUACAUACACUCUAUUCACAUAAAUGGCGCAAAAAGGACGCGCAAAUCACUUUUUGAAUCUGUGUCCUAUCCGGCACUCCAAGCUCGAACGCUCGGUUCAAUUAUCGAAGAAGUUGGAAAGGCCACGGACAAAUUUCAUCGACUCGAUAUUUUCCAACAUUUGGAUGUACUUCUUGAUACCAGCAGCGAUCCAUUGGCGCGACGUGGGGCGAUGGACGUGAUCUUAUCCGUGGAAGAAAAAAGUCGAUUCUGGAUCAAAACAGGAACCGAGAUUGGAAAUGAUGCCGGUAGCGCAAACAUUUCUUUGAAUAUUCGUAAUGUGUUUGGUGGUGCGGAAACUUUGGAAACCUAUAUGUCUGCCGGUACCCAAACCUCACACGUAUUCGAGUUUUGUUUAGCGAAACCAAUUAAUGGGAAUCCUGAUUCCAAGAUUGAUAUCACUGCAUUCAGUUUGACCAGAAAUAAUCAAACUUAUAGUUCUCACGACGAAAUCCUGCGUGGUGUUGCAUUGAGAUGGAGGGUACUCUCUCGACUCGGAUUUCAUGAGCUAAGUUACGGUACAACUUGGAGACAAAUUUGCAACAUAGAUCAAGAUGCUUCACUAAGCAUACGCGAUUCGGCCGGUCAUUCCUUGAAGUCAUCCAUUACACAUAAUUGGGUGCGGGAUCGACGUGACGAUAUUAUGCUGCCAUCUCGUGGAUAUUACAUGAGACUGUUUCAGGAGGUUGCAGGAUUGGGCGGUGAUAUUUUUUUCCUUAAGAAUGAGGCGGAAGGACAAAUAAAUUUCCCACUUGGAAAAGGCUUUAUUAUCAGUGCAUCAUUAAGGAACGGAUUAUUGUAUCCGAUGAAAAUUGGACAGUCGAAAAUCAGCGACCGAUUUUUCCUCGGGGGUGCUCAGUCAGUGAGGGGGUUCAAGUUAAAUGGCAUUGGUCCCAGGGAAAAGAGGGAUUCUCUCGGAGGUGAUUUAUACUUGGCAGGCGGUCUGAGCCUUUUCACACCUUUACCCAAGUUAAAAAACUAUCCGAUAAAAGGUCAUCUAUUUUUAAAUGGCGGAAGCUUAAUUCAAGUCAAUCAAUCCCGACGACUCGUCGAUAAUAUCCAAAACCUUGCGAGAACGCCUAGCGUGUCCACGGGCAUAGGAAUUGUUUAUCGAAGCAGCAUUCUAAGAUUUGAAGUGAAUUUCUGCUUACCAUUGAUAACGACAACAACUGACAAGUGGAAAAAAGGGUUACAACUGGGAUUAGGAUUUAAUUUCUGGUGA